AUGUUCAGUACGGGGCGGUCACUUUCUCGUUCUAAAUACAGAAAACCUGUGCUCACUCUUUGUGUACGUUGUAAUCUACUUCAAAAACACACUGAAGCGUCGAAAGAAACAAUAAAUGAGUCGUCUUUUCUGACUAAAGUAACCCAGGAAAUACAAAAAUACGAAGAUGCGGUUUUAAUCGUUAUUGCCGAUGUGGUUAAUCUUCCGCAUUCUUUGAUUCCGGAAUUACAUACAGAAUUAAAGGGCAAAAGGUAUGUGCUCGUUGGUAACAAAGCUGACCAGUUACCAGGUGAUGGACCGCAUUUCAUAGAGAGGUGGUGCUCAGCGUUGUUGGAAGCAGCGAUUUCGAGGAGCAAAAUACCAGAAGAGAAUAUUAAUCACAUCUCCAUCAUUAGUGCAUUGACUGGUUAUGGUAUACCAGAACUAAUCGACUUCCUGUUAUCUAAACGUUUUCAUUGUAAAAGUCCAAUAUAUUUGAUAGGUUCUACAAAUGUCGGAAAGUCUAGUUUAUUCAAUCGUUUAUUAUUGUCAGAUUUAUGUAAAUCAGAAGCCAAAGAAUCUAUUCAUCGAGCUACAAUAUCUUCGUGGCCAGGUACUACAAUGGGCCUCUUAAGUUUUCCAUUAACCUUAAUGAAUUCAGCUAAACGUGGUCAGCGUAUACAAUCACGUUAUGAACAAUCAUAUCAAAAGACUAUACAAAAUAGAGAAUGCAGUUCAUCACAUGGUUUCCGAUAUUUGAAACCAAAAGAAAUUGUUCCUGGUAUUUGUGACAAACGGUCGGCAAACUAUUAUGCAGCAAAAAAGGCUCGUGAAACGCUGCCGGAUUUGUCUACUAUGCCAACAUACACAUGGAAACCUAAUGAAAAUUCAAAUUCCAACAAAUCUGGGAUUUGUGUUGGUAGUGAGUUCGGAUUAGAACAGUUGGCUUCUGAGUUAUUUCCUGGAGAUAUUUUCAUUGACAAAGCUUCUUGGGAUGGAGAUCAAAGUACUCGAUUGCUAACAAAUAUAUUGAAUCCAAGAUAUUUUAAUGAUCAUGCAUGGUGUUAUGAUACUCCAGGUGUUUUUGUAAAGACCAGCUUAUCAUUUCACUGAAUUCGAUCAGUCACAUUUGGUAUACUGAUUCCCUAAUAUUAAACGCAGUUACAAGUAUGUUUUCGGGAAGUGACUAACAGCAAGAUUUGGAAUGGGGGGAAUUUCGUUCUGUGUGGGUUAUUUUACCCACUAAACAAGCUAUUGUCUGUCUGGAUUCAAUAGCUUAAUAGAUAGUGAGUUACAGUUUGAAAUUAUUAGCAGUGGGUUAAUGAUCAACAUUAAGGUGUAGAUACAUUCAACCGAUGAAUCCCUAGAAGGUUAGAGUGUGCAUUAGGG